CUGCUGUCAGGAUAACUUCCGGCUUGGGUUUGUUUUGCUGUGUCGGCCAUGGCUGCGGAAGGAGAUUUCCUGGCGAGAUACAGAGCCGUGUCAAAUAAAUUAAAGAAACGUUUCCUCCGAAAGCCCAAUGUAGCUGAAGCCAGCGAGCAGUUUGGUCAGCUGGCGAAGGAGCUGAAGCAGCAGGACUGCCUUCAGUAUGCGGCUUUCUGUAACCUGGCCAUGGCUCGGUGCGAGCAGACUCUGUUCAACGCUCCUGGAGAAGCUCUGGCCCUGACCGACGCAGCACGUCUCUUCCUCUCCUCCGAGAGGGAGAUCAGAGCGCUGCAGGCGCCGGGCUUCGACGAGCACCUCCAGGCCGCCCUCAACUGCUACAGCUUCGCCGUUAAGGUGUACAUUGAGAUGAACCAGCCUGUGAUGGCAGCCAGCCUGUGCUUGGAGCUCGGCAACGCGCUCAAGGAAAUGAACCGACCAGGAGAGGCCAUCGUCCACUUCCAGAGGGCUGCCGAUUUGCAGACGCAGACGCCCGUGGAAGCCCUGCUGUCCAUGGGAGAGAUGGCCACGUGUAAAAUCCUCACGCGCGACUAUGACGGAGCUCUGUCGGUGUUCACAGAGAUGCAGCUGAUGUGUCAGGAGAGAGGCCUGCAGCUGCCCGGCACCACACAGCCAAUCGGGGCCUUUUUGGACAUCGUGGCAAAAUGUGAGAUAUCCAGAGUGCUGCUGCUGAUGUUACUAGAGCCUCCGCCUCAGAAGUUGCUACCAGAACAUGCUCAGACCCUGGAGAGGUAUGCCUGGGAGUCCUUCGACCCUCACAGCCAAGUGACCUUCCUGCCUGAGAACGUGUUCCUGCUUCUGCAGUCUGUGGUGAUGGCGUGUCAGGAGAAAGACACGGAGUCCCUGAAGGCCUUGCAGACCGAGCUGUGGCCCUUCCUGACGGCCGAGCAGAAUCACCUCCUCCACCUGGUGGUUCUGGAGAGAAUUGCGCCGUAUGGUCAAGGCAUUUAGCUCCGCUGGACUUGAGCUCACUUCCUCCGGGAACAAUACCGUGUGUAAUGGAAUAUUCCCGCCUCGGACGGGCCUGUUGUAAGGCCCGAGGAAGGCCUGUCCUGCAAAUGGAAACAUUUUAUGUUGUGCACUCAUUUCCACCCGGACCAACUCUUUUACAUGACGUAAAACCGAGCUUCUCUGCAUUGUGUGUCGCUUGAGAUGAAACACAACUUGUGUGUGUUUGAAUUGGCUUUAUUAGUAAAAGACAUGGCUUAGAUUCCAAUGUACACACACACACACACAUAGUCUAAUGCAUAGUUCUGUUAAAUGGUAGAAAUGUAACGCCUCCACCCUUUCGUCCCUGGAUUGUUUUAAGGUUCACUUGUACAAACGUACUUUACGUAAGAUAGCAGCUGAAUACGGACAGAAAACCAAACAUAUAGCUUCAAAAAGUACACUCGAUACAAAAUGCUACAAAAAUAGAGUUGGUUACAUUGUACAUAGACGUAGAAGGUAUAUGCCGCACUCGUAAAGUAAGGAGAAAUGAAUAAAUGUCCUGUGAAGUAA